AUGGCUAGGGGGCGGGGCGGGGUGGGGAAGCUAUCCCCAUCACCGUCCCCGCUAACAAGAUACCACAAGACUGAAGAAGAAGGAUUAUGUUUAUUGAAAUGUUCUAAUUUGCAAUCUGAAUUCUAUCUAUUACACUCUACGAGGAGGUCGUCUACUACUUUUAGAAGCCUUGAAUUUGUGAAAACAGUAGUAGCUAGAAAAAAAACAAAUGACAUAUGUGUAUGGACACGGCUGCUAGGCUUAAGCCUUCCUACUUGUGAUAAUCUGGAAACAAGGAGAGUGUUUGUUAACGCCUCAUGUUCAGUGUGUGGAGGCUUGGAUGAGUCUAUCAGUCAUUUGCUUGCAGCGUGCCCCUUCGCACAAGACUGCUGGUUAAAAGCGGGUUUUGCUCCUCCGUUGGUUGUGUCUCAGAGAUUUAAAGAUUGGGCGGUUGUCGUCGGCGAGAAAGGAGGAGGCUUGUCUUGUAAGUGGUCUUUGACGGUGGAAGUGGCGAACUUAGCUUGUGCUCAGUUAUUGGCAUGGCAAGCUGCUAGGCUUAAGCUUCAAGAAGUUCUGAUUCAGCUGCUGAGCAAGGAUGAUGGAGUAGUGAAUUGGUCCAAGCCAGCGAUGGGUAUGUGGAAGGUUAAGGUUGAUGUUGGUCGUAAGCCGGAUGGGUCUUCAAUUGGGUUAGGCUGUUUAGUUAGGGAUAGUGGUGGUGUCUUAGUGCAAGCUAGAGCAGUGAAUAUUUUGAGUAAUUAUGAUCCAAGAGUCGCUGAAAUUAUGGGCAUCCAAGAAGCGUUGAGUUGGCUUAAGGGUGUGCAGAGUGAGGUAGUGGAGUCAGAUGCUUUGGAGGUGAUUUUGGAUAUCUGUAAUCCUACUAGAGCGGAAUUAUAUCCUUUAAUUAUGGAUUGUGUGGAGCUAGCGAAACAGAUUUCUAAUUUAAGUUUUGUUUAUGUAAGACGAUUUGCGAAUCGGGCUGCGCAUGUUGAUGCGCGUUAUGCCCGUUCCAUGUCAGGUUAUCAGGAAUGA